AUGGAUAUGGCGAAGAUUGUCUACUCCCUGAUGAUAAGCCGGGACAAGGACCUGCCGGGCUGCGUCGUUCGUAGCACCACCAUACCCGAGGAACUGGGACGCGUGACCUUCUUCCUCACGGACAAGACGGGCACCCUCACACAGAACGAGAUGGUCUUCAAGAAGCUCCACCUGGGCAACGUGGCCUUCGCGCCAGACUCCAUGGAUGACCUGACGGAGGCACUGAAACGCUACUUUGAGAAGCCCCCGGAUUUUGAUGAUAUUGGCACCAAGCAACUGCGCAAAUCAGGUGACGAACGACUGGCCGAAGCCGUCCUGGCCAUUGCUGUCUGUCACAACGUUACACCGAUGAACGAGGGCACAGAACAGUCGACAGCUGUCAAUGCGGAAAAGAUUGUUACCAGCUCUCCGGACGAGGUGGCCCUGGUGUCUUGGACAGCUAGCGUAGGAGUGACACUUAUUUUCAGAAAUCAACAAACUAUGGCUCUGCGUUUACCCUCAGGUAAAGUUCAGACCUUCGACAUCCUCCAGAUGUUCCCCUUCUCCUCAGACCUCAAGCGUAUGGGCAUAAUUGUGCGUGAUCAGACCACCAAAGCCAUCCACUUCUACGUGAAGGGUGCUGACACCGUGAUGGCCGGCCUUGUCUCAUACACACCCUGGAUGGAAGACGAGGCGGGCAAUCUGGCUCGCGAGGGUCUGCGCACUCUGGUUGUGGCUCGUCGCAUUCUUACUGAGGAACAGUAUGCCGACUUCUCUUCAAGGUACCACCAGGCCACUAUGAGCGUGGCGGAUCGGGCAGCCAAAGUUCAAGCUGCCGUGGCAACGAUAGAAGUCGAUCUGGAGCUGCUCUGCCUUACCGGGGUUGAAGAUCGUCUUCAGGAGGGAGUUCGACCGGCUCUGGAAACCCUACGUAACGCGGGCAUCAAGGUUUGGAUGCUGACGGGUGAUAAACUGGAGACAGCCGAGUGUAUUGCAAAGUCUUCACGUCUGGUUCCGCAUGGCCAACCGCUGCACAUCUUCCAGUCCGUGACUGGCCGCAGUGAGGCGCAUCUGGAGCUGAAUGCCUUCCGCAGAAGGUGUCACCUGCCCCUCGUUAUUACCGGCACCUCCCUGGAUGUGAGUUUCUCUUUCCUCUUCCUCCCCUCCUGA